AUUCUCGUUAACCCAAUUUCGACUUUUGUAUUGUCAUACGUACGUUUUCUAGUAAGUUCUAUGCAAAUUCCCUUACCCGGCGUUUGUAAUAGACGACGAGACUUACGAAAAAUUGUUUUCCUCGAAAAUCUAUCUUUUAUAUUAGAUAUAUAAUUAAAUCUCUGUGAAAGAAUUUGACAGUAUAUAACAAAUUAUUUCAUCAAAACAAUUAUAUAAUCAUGGUUGCGAUGGAUAUUUCACCUGCCAAAAAUGGUGGUAUUCUUAAAGAAAUAAUAAAAGAAGGUGUUGGCGAUGAGCUUCCAGUAGUAGGAGGCUCAGUAACAGUGCAUUAUACUGGAACUUUGUUAGAUGGAACUAAAUUUGACUCAAGCAAAGACCGUAACGCACCAUUCAAAUUUAAUUUGGGUAUGUCCGAUGUUAUUGCAGCUUGGGAUAUAGGUGUAGCUACGAUGAAAAAAGGUGAAGUUGCAAUGCUAACAUGUGCUCCUGAGUAUGCGUAUGGAAAGACCGGUAGUCCCCCAAAAAUUCCUCCCAAUGCAACACUUAAUUUUGAGAUCGAAAUGAUCGAUUGGACAGAAGAGGAUUUAAGCCCUGAUAAAGAUGGAAGCAUUACAAGAGUUCAAAUUACUCCAGGAAAAGAUCAUUCGAAUCCUCGUGAUGGUUCUUUAGUAAACAUACACUUGACUGGAAAGUAUAACGACGAAGUCUUUGAAGAUAGAGAUGUACAAUUUUGUCUUGGAGAAGGAGAAAAAGAUGGAAUUGUAGAGGGUGUAGAAAAAGCACUUGAAAGUUUCAAAAGUGGAGAAAAAUCUAAACUUAAAAUAAAAAGUAAAUAUGCAUUUAAGUCGGAAGGUAAACCCAAAUUUAAUAUUCCACCAAAGGCAACUGUGGAGUAUAUCGUAGAAUUGAAAAGCUUUGAAAAGGCCGUAAGAAGUUGGAAUUUAAAUGGAUCACAAAAAAUAGAACAGGCAAAAAUUUCGAAAGAUAAAGGAACUAAUUACUUCAAAGAUGGAAGAUAUAAUUUAGCUAUCAAAAUGUACAAAAAGGCCUUGGAUUUCUUAUCCUACGACAAAGAAUUUGAAAACGAACUUAAAUCGGAAAGCCAAAGUCUACUUUUAUCGACGCAUUUGAAUAUUGCAUUGUGUUAUUUAAAAACUGAUCAAAACUUAGAAUGCAAAGAUGCGUGUGUAGAAGCUUUGAAGAUAGAUCCACAAAAUGAAAAAGCAUAUUUCAGAAGAGGACAAGCCUAUCUUGCGUUAACAUUGCCUGAUAUAGCUAUUGAAAACUUUGAAGAAGUAUUAAAAAUAGAACCAAAAAAUGUAGCUGCUACCAAACAAAUAAUUAUUUGUAAUAAUUUGAUUAGAAAAGAAAUACUGAAAGAAAAGAAACUUUAUGCAAAUAUGUUCGAAAAAUUUGCGCAACAAGACAGACAGUAAUGUCGCAGAAAGAAGAGGAGAAGCUGCGACAACAACCAGAUGUUAUGCGUGGAGUUCUUGGCGAAUGGGGACAAGAAGAAAGACCUGGUGGAAGAGAUGCAACAGCUUUUGAAAAAGAAAACCCUAAUAUUCUAAUGCUUAACGCUAAUGGCACCGAUGAAUUUCAAAAUAUGUAAAUAGUUUUUAUUGUUUAGUACAUUAUCAUCCUGUUGCCAAAUUCUAUUAUUCGAUAUUAAAUGGUGCCUUUAAAUAGCACUGAAUUGAUAAAAAGAGAGGUCAUGAAAACUUUAUAUGAUUCUUUAAUCUAUUUGAUAUGUAUAAUAUAUACCCAGUUAAUUACAUAUUUUAUUUUUUAAUAUAGUGUUUUGUUUCAAAUGAAUAUAUACAUUUGAAAAUUUUGGAAAUACACAGCAUUAAUUGAGCAGAAAUGUUUUAUAUCAAGUAUCAUCCAUUUUCAAUACGAAUAUUUGACAUAUUCAUUAAUAAAACAGUAUCUGAAAAAGAGUA